AUGACACUGGGACGAGAAACAAGAAUCUUCAUAUUUCCGCUCGGAACUGAGGCACUGAAUGACGACGGCUGUUCGCCGGAAGGGUCGAACGCUCCCACGGUGACGUCUGCAGGCAUCCGCGACCUCUACGACUUGUGCCUGAAGAAUAUUGUCGGGUCGGACCAGACGCACCAAACGCCCGCGGAUACGUCGCUGCCUCAAGAGACGAACACCUUCUGCUGCCAACUCUGUCCAGCGUCAUUUAAGCAGAGCUACGGCCUCCGCCGGCACAUGCUGAUCCAUUCCGGGGAGAAGCAGUUCAAGUGCCCCUACUGCGGCAGGGCAUUCCGCUACAACCACAACCUAAAGACGCACGUCCGUUCUCACACGGGAAUAAGGCCGUACGUCUGUGACUCCUGGCUCCUCAUAAGCGGAACGAUUGCGGACGACCAACCGGCCACUUACGUCUACAUGCCGUCCGCGGAACCGACGUCGGGAAACGCGGAUGCUCAGCCGCGGUGCGACGACAGGGAGACGACGGUGCUGUCAGUAAGGGACGACGAACUUCAGUGUCCUAUUUGUAAAUUGAUGUUUAGCCGAAAGUGGAACCUGAAGAGACACGUGCUGCUGCAUUCGAAGGAAACGCCGUACAUGUGCACGAUCUGUAAUCUAUUCUACAAGAGACUGGACUACUUGAAAGGUCACAUGCAAACUCAUCAUUCUGUUCUUCUGUGCCGUGAACAGGAGAACCACAAGGAGUGA